AAUUCGGAUGAAAUCGAUUGUAUGGCUCGAGAAUGUGAUAUUGAGAACGAAACACGUUGCGAUAAUGGACGAUGUAUACCAAGUGAAUGGCUUUGUGAUCAUUAUGAUGAUUGUGGUGAUCAAAGUGAUGAACGAUGCAUUGAUCCUUGCUCACCGGACGAAUUUCGUUGUCAAUCUGGUCAUUGUAUUCCAAUCACUCAUCAAUGUAAUAAUGUAACCGAUUGUAUCGAUAUGUCUGAUGAAUUCGAUUGCCAUCAUGGUAUUAUAACACAAUCUAUGUCAAAUAUUAUCAUUGAUAAUACAUAUGUAUCAUCGACAACAAUAUUAAAUGAAAAAUAUAAUAAUAAAACACAAGAUAUUGGUUUUGUUGGCGUUCAUUUAGCCAAAUGUCCUACAGGACAAUUCAUGUGCCAUAAUGGUCUUUGCAUUUCCGAACUAUAUCAUUGUGACAAUGAUAAUGAUUGUGGUGAUUGGUCGGAUGAAAAAAAUUGUGAUGGCCAUUUUAAGUGCCGUGUUACCGAAUUUCUAUGCAAUAAUGGACAAUGUAUACAUCAGGAUUGGCGUUGUGAUGGUGAUUUUGAUUGUGAAGAUUUUUCUGAUGAAUCUAAUUGUCCAAGUCAAUCAUGUACAAAACAAGAAUUCCGUUGUCGAUCUGGCCAAUGUAUUCAAGAUAAUCUUCGUUGUGAUGGCGAUAGAGACUGUUAUGAUAAUAGUGAUGAAGAAGAAUGUUUAGAUAAUUUAGAAUGCACCAGUGGUAAUUUCCGUUGCCGUGAUGGAACAUGCAUUAGUUUAACUAGUGUCUGUGAUGGUGCUCCAAAUUGUCCGGAUGGUUCGGAUGAAGAUACCAAUUCGACGUGCAUUGCAAACAUGAUGGCUUGUCGUGAAAGUGGCUUUCCAUGUCAACAUAUUUGUGUUGCAACCACUACCGGACAUUAUUGUGCCUGUAAAGAAGGCUAUCGUAAAGCUAGUGAUGGACGAUCAUGUAUUGACAUUGAUGAAUGUUUUGUCGGUAGCCUUCGAGCCGAUUAUUUAGAACAUUAUGUCAAUUUUCGCUUCACUGAUCAUCAUCAUCAUCAACAACAUCAUCGUAAUCAAGCGUUGACACUGCCAAACAUACAAUUGUGUUCACAAAAAUGUGAAAAUUCUGUUCCAGGAUUCCAAUGUUCAUGUGCCAAUGGAUAUCGACUGCGGGUCGAUAAACGACGAUGUAAAGCAAUUCAAGCGCCUGAGCCUACAUUGCUUGUCGCCGAUUUUACUAACUUGAGAGCUUUAAUUCUAGAUUCAACAAUCCUAGUCAAUAAUUAUGCGCCAUUAUCAUUAAAUAAACUUCAUUCUGAAAUGGAAUCGAUAGACUUAACGUCUAUAGAUUCAUUGAGUUCAGAACUUAUUUACAACGAUUAUCACUAUAAGAAAAAUCUUUAUUUUUGGACUAGUAAAAAAUCGAGAAAAAUUUUUAGUGCCUCUGUUGAGAUCAAUCCAAAAGAUCUUAUUGCUUCAAAUUAUUCUUCCUUCAAUCACCAGCUGCCUUUACCAUUAUUGCCAAUCAUGCUACAUAAUAUUAAACCCAUAAUAGAAAUUGGCAUUGUUGAACCGAAUAGUAUUGCCGUUGAUUGGAUCAAUGAUAGAAUUUAUUGGACCGAUUCUGGUACUUCAAGAAUCGAAUACUGCAAUUUGGAUGGCUCAAAUCGUAAAGUAAUGUUUGCUCAUUCGGUCGAAAUACCGAAAUCGAUUGUCAUAAAUCCUGAUAAGAAAGCCAUCUAUUGGAGUGAUUGGGGCCAACCGGUACGUAUUGAAAGUUCCUUUAUGGAUGGUUCAGCCAGACAAAUUAUUAUAAGUGCUUUGCUCAUGAACCCUACUGGCCUUACGAUUGAUUAUCCAGCCAACAAACUUUAUUGGAUAGAUAUCAGACAAAAUUUGAUUGAAUGUUCAAAUUUGGAUGGUUACAAUCGUUAUACGAUAGUGCAUGAUGAAGUGCAAUAUCCUAUUUCAUUGACUAUAUUUGAAGAUAAUCUUUAUUGGACUGGUCUUAAAUCAACCAAAAUUAAUAUUGUCAACAAACUGAGUGGAAAGCUUAUAACAAAGAUAGAGACAAGCCAUGACAAUUCCACUAAUGACCGAAUGAAUAUUAAUGUCAAAGUAUUUCAUCCAUUAAGACAGCCUGAUAUCGAAUUCAAUAUUUGCCAAUCACAUGCUUGUUCAGACAUUUGUUUGCCUAACAAUAAUUCUUAUAGUUGCCUUUGUCCAUUUGGAUUCAGUUUCAAAGAUCAGAACACCAAAAAAUGCAAGAAAGAUUCCGAUUCAUUGUUGUUGUUUACACGUCGAAAUGAAAUUCGAGCUAUAAAUCUUUCGAAGCGUAAAUUAAUGACUGAACAAAAUAAUUCGUAUGAAGAUUUUAAUCAGGAUUAUGUUCUCCCUAUUCUUCGUGUCUCUUUUGUUGUUUCCAUGGAUUAUGAUUGGUCAACAUCAACCAUAUUUUGGGCCGAUCUACUUAAUAAAUCUAUCAGUAGUGCUUAUUGGAAUGGCCAACACCAACAAGUCAUUAUUAGUUCUUCACUGGAAGCGCCUUCAGGAAUUGCUUAUGAUUGGAUAACAAAAAAUAUUUAUUGGGUUGACACUGGACGUAAUGUGAUCGAAGUGUCAAGAACCGAUGGCUCAUUUCGUUCACUUGUUAUUUGGCGAUCAUUAGACCAGCCUCGGGAUAUUGUUUUAGACCCACAAACUUCUCUAAUGUUUUGGUCUCAAUGGAAUAAUCACACAGCAAAUAUUGAACGAUCCGGAAUGGACGGUUCGUUUCGUAUGAAGAUUCAUUCGACAAAUCUAACAAGACCGCAUGGAUUGGCCAUUGAUUUUAUCAGUAAGCGUCUUUAUUGGACAGAUUCUAGUAAAUCUCGGAUUGAAUAUUCUUUUUAUGAUGGAUCCGAACGACGUGCUCUGUAUCCACCGAAUAUUCGUCAACCUUUCGCUGUAGCUAUAAAAGAUGAUUUAGUUUAUUGGUCAGAUCUAUAUUUUCGUAAUAUACAACAGGCAAAUAAAAUCACCGGACGUAUGAGUAGCAUUGUGUCCGAAAAUCUUGACAAUCUAAUGGAUCUGAUAAUAUUUCAAUACAAUCAUACUAGCUCAAGAGAAGAUUAUCGUAGCUCGAUUCGAAAUAUUUGCCAUAGAUCUAAAUGUUCACAUUUAUGUGUUUUGUCGACCGAACAGCUUGGCUAUAAAUGUCUUUGUCCCAUCGGAAUACGGUUAUUGUCCGAUAACACUACUUGUGCAUCAGAUAUGCAAAAAUAUCUAAUAAUGACGACACGUAACGAUAUUAAACGUAUAUCCCUUGAUACAGAAUAUCGUUUUGACGUUCGACUACCACUCAAUCAAAGACUAUUAAACGCUUUUGUUUUAGAUGUCCAUUUUCAAUCCAAUACGGUUUACUGGUCGGAUACUAAUGAAAAUGUCAUUUAUAAAUCGAAUAUUCUGGGUGGAGAAAUUCAAAAAAUACUCAAUUAUGGUCUAAGCGGCGUUAAUGGUCUGGCUAUCGAUAAUGUUGGUAAUAAAAUUUAUUGGACUGAUGCCGGACGAAAACGAAUCGAAGUGGCUAAUUUAGAUGGAACGUUUCGAAAAGUUUUGCUGAGUAAAGAUCUUGAUUCUCCUCGUGCUAUCGCUCUCAAUAGUAAAAGUGGUCAUAUGGUUUGGGCAGAUUGGGGAUCACAAGUACGAAUCGAACGUGCUGACAUGGACGGAAAACGGAGAGCUCUAAUUGUAAAUGAAAAUCUCGGCUGGCCAAAUGGAAUUACUUUUACCAAAAAUGGUCGAAUCAUUUGGACAGAUUCGAAAACUCAUACGAUCGAAAUUGUAGAUUUGAAUGGCAGUAAUCGGGGUAUCUUAAUCAAAGAUUUGCCUUCACCAUACGGUAUUACCAUCUUGGAUGAUUAUGUUUAUUGGACUGAUUGGCAAACAAAAUCGGUUAAUCGACUAUAUUUAAGUUCGGAUCAUGAUUCAUAUGUAAUUGUACAAACGAAUUCUAAAAUGGAGAUGGUUUCAAAAUCAUUAAACAAUCUGGUUGAUAUUGUUGCCGUAAACAAGGUUCCGGAUUUAUCGAUACUUUUCAAUAAUCAUCACAUGAAAACAAUAUGUCGUGAAAAUAAUACUUGUUCACAUUUGUGCCUUUUAAAUAGUGAUCCUGGUUAUUCUUGUCACUGCCCUUCGGGUGUUGUUUUGUUGGAUGAUUUGACAACUUGUAAAUCAGAAAUAAGCGAACAAAUAUUGAUUGCCUGUGAGAAUAAUAUUAGACGACUGUCAUUAGAUGUAGAAGAUUGGAUCGAUAUUUAUUUGCCAAUCAAUAACCUAAUUGAUGUGGUAACAUUUGAUUUUCAUUAUCGUUAUGGACAAAUUUUUUAUGUUGACACAAACAUUAAUGAGAUACGAUCAUUGAAAAUUGUAUCGGGAAAAAAUCUAAGCCAAUUGGCUGAAGCAAGUUCAUUGAAAAUAAUAACUAUUAUCAAUAGUGAUAUUAAAAAAAUAACCAGCAUUGCUGUUGAUUGGAUUGCUGAUAAUAUUUAUUGGAGCGAUCAAGAACGACAUAUAAUCGAAGUGGCAAGAAUCGAUGGUUCUUCACGAAAAAUAUUGAUCGAUCUUGAUUUAGAUGAACCAAAAUGUCUUGAAGUGAUGCCUAAUUCAGGUUUUAUUUUUUGGAUCAAUGGUGGCAAUAAUCAAAAAAUUGAAAGAGGUUUGAUUGAUACUAUACAAAUUGUGUUUCCAAUGAUUAUUAUUAUUUUAUUUAUUAAUUUUAUCACAAAAAAAGCUUUUUUAGAUGGUAGUUCUCGAGUCAAAUUGAUUGAUUCAAAUAUUGGAUUGGUUAAUGGAUUGGCUGUUGAUGAUGGUAUUGAAAAUCAUGAUAGAAUGCCUCGUAUUUAUUGGAGUGAUGAAGUGUUGAAACGAAUCGAAACGGCUACUGUCGAUGGUACUCAACGACGAAUCAUAAUUGCUUCUGGAUUGACAUUACCAUUCAGUAUUACAGUAUUAGGUGAUUACAUCUAUUGGUCGGAUCUUUAUCAUAAGGUUGUCGAAAGGGCAAAUCGUUGGACUGGUUUCAAUUAUGAAUUAAUUAGCGAUAAUAUUGAAAAUAUUAGACAGAUUAGAGCUGUUUCGGAAUCAAGACAGAAAAUAGAUUUUUAUUGGGAAGAAAAUCCGGAUGUUCCAAACAUACCACAUUCGAAUCCGUGUGCCCAACAAAAUGGACAAUGUAGUCAUCUUUGUCUUUUUCGAUCACAUGGAUAUAUAUGCGCAUGUCCUUUAUUAAUUGAUACGCCAUGUUCGACUGUUCCUGGACAGACUAAUUUAACGAUGAAAGUUGAAAUAGAAUUACCUGAUUGGAAUUUGGAUUCGAAUGUUCAGCAAAAUUUGGAGGUACCAACAAGUUCGACAGAAAAAAUUCUCGUUGUUCAACUAAACGAAUUUUCAAUCCAUAAUGAUUCGAAUGAAAAAACCGAUUCAUUAAACAAUAGCAGCCUGAUCGAUGAGAUUACCAAUACAAAUAAUUCCUGUAUAUUGUACUUAUCCAAUUAUAAUAUACCUAUGGAGAUUUUUUUCAAACUGUCUGCAAAAUUAUAUUAA